CCCCCCCCGCCAUUCAUUCCUCCCUCGACGUACUACUACUUCCAGGCGCGAAAAGACCUAACUCGACCAACAACCUCUUUCACUCCCUUUUCUUCAACCCUCUCCAGCAUGAUCAAGUCUAUCUUGGCCAUGCAGAGCCUCACAUAGAGUCGCAGAUAUCUCCUUGUUUUACGACCCUCUUACUACGUACUACGCGCUACCUGGUUGUUAGUUCUCCUGGAUCUCUUUCCUUCUUCCCUUCCUAUCUUCUAUCUCUCUCUUCAUCUCGGCACGGCUGUCAGCCCUACGCUCGCUCAUCCACGCUCGUUUUCCCAGUACCACUGCAUACUGGGCCUUUCCUAAAUCCAAUGUCCCCGGACUGCUUCGAAUUUCAUCCUUCUGCCAGCGCUCCGUAGCCAGCGCUCCCUCCAUCUCCUGAUCGCCCAGUCCCUCUGGAAGGGCGGCGCCCCACGUCCCGGGGCGUCCCUUCCCACUCUACGCACCCAAGAAACAUGUUCCUGCAUUCAGGAGCUGCUAUGCAUAGGCACGAGUUCUCUGCGCCCAUCGACCCCCGUUACAAUGCAACAUCGAGUCCGAGGCGGUCGCCCCUAGCACGCUCAGCCUUCUCAUCCCCAGCCCUCAAAUCUGCAGCGCCAAUGCCCCGCCGAGCUACGAUGCAGCAGGAGAGACCCGUCCCCAUCAUCAAUCGCCCCGGCAGACCCUUGUCCGAGUCAAUCGCCCGAGAGCACAGUGUCCGCUUCAAAGAACCUCACUCAGACUCCAUGAGUGAAGAUGGGAGGUCGGUGGCCAAUUCAGAGGCCAGCGAGAUCACCGUGGGCGGUAGCAGACGACGGAGACGAAGCCGGCGGCCAAGCACGACCUUCCAUUUCGCACAUCCUGCUCCGACCCUAACCCAGAAGCAACGAUUGUUGCAUAUUCGCCCACGGCUACUGCUUCAACUACAACAACUGUCACCCGAUUCACGACCGAAGCCUGCGGUCGAUGUUCUCCCAUCCGCCGUCAUCGUUCCACGGCUAGCUAAGAAAUUCCCGCGCAUAUUUCGUGGCAAGGCAGAAUUGGGAGUUAAUGAUGUCCUGGUGGUGAAGAGCGAAGAUUAUGACAGGCCCGACAAUCGUGCUAGCGAGGAGUCAGAUUCGGACGACGAAAGCCUGGCGAACCGAGAUGUGAUGGCGGUCAUCUGUCAGGUGCCCAAAGACGCCGGCGGUAGCUUUGGCAAGGCUGAGAUUGUAUUGAGCAAUGGUUCGGUGUGGGCGGCCACCCCUUUGUCGACCGGCCUGUAUGAAUUCGUCUCGGUUGACGAGACGGGCCAUAGGACAACAGCUCGUUGGGUGAAGAGGAACAAUACACGCAGUAGCAUGGAUUACUCCCGCGCGAGUUUCAACAGCACUGACCUCAAGUACACCUUCAGCGUGAUGGAUCCGAGAUCUCGUCGCCACCCAAUCAUGGCAACACUCACUCAGAAUACCUUGGACAUCCCCGAUUUCUACACCUCAGUAUCUUCAUCACCGAGGGAAGAGCCCUCCCCUAGCGAGGCAGAACAUGAUUCCAUGGAGGAUGAACCAGUGCCCGAGCGGACCAGCCACGCCAUCGGCGAGGACCUGAGGAAGCUCAUCCAAGUAACUGGAAUCUGGGUUGCUUUGCGCCAAGGUCUCUCUCCAUAUUUCAAAUAUAAUGAUGCCAUGGCCUGCGCUCCCCCAGCACGAAGCAGAAGCGCAUCGCAUGGCAGAGUCAGAUCUUUAUCGGUGACGCCCGAUGCUAGCCGACCGAGCCUUUCUGGAACCUGCACGCCCACACCGGAAUCAAACCAUAGCACAUUCGCAGCCGUGGGAGGCAAACUUCGACGGUCAUGCACGAAGGGGGGCACCUCCACCGCAUCUUCGCCCCAGAUGGAGCAGUCGAAUAUUCCCAAGAGGUCGGCCUCGGCCGGCACGGCCUUCAUGCAACGGGUAGUCGCACGGAGAGUGGGUAAUCCUCCGAGUACUGUCCCGAGUGAUAGCGAGGGGGAAAGGGUGUUGCGCCCUCCAAAAAUUGCUGCAAUGGAGAACGGGAACAGUAGCGUGUCCAGUCCUGUUGCAACACCGACCUCCCUCAACCUCCCGGGAUCGUCUAUCACGACUCCCGAUACCCCGACGAGACCGCAGCGACGAGUACAGUCUACCUACAUUCCUUCUGGCCUGAUGCAAUUGGAACACCCCACUGCGAGGCAUAGUAUCGACCAUAUGCAUAGGAAAGGGGACUCGGGGCAUAGUGAGAAGCCGAAGGCUGGUCGGUGGAAAGUGUUUACGAAUUUGUUUCGACGGUCACAGACACGCUCAGCCUAGCGUACGUGAAGGGCUGUGUGGUGUAGCUUGCUCUCGCCACUUCUUCUUUCUAUCUAUUUCAUUAUUGUAUUACUUUAUAAAAUAAUACCACGCCAUGCACAGGAGUACGGCGCGGGAUCAUGGGUUUAUUAUGGGUAUAAAAGAGGAAGGUUAAAGGUACAAGGGGGUUUGGGACUCGUGCUGGCGCAGACCUUGUGCUUUUACUUCCUAUGUAUUGCAGAUACUACUGGAAAAUAUGGAUAUCAAUGUUAGGGAUCUCAUUGAUUUAUGAAGCCGAAGUGGUGGACCGUC